AUGAGUGUUCCAAUCUAUAAACCGGUAUCUCAGAAACUGUUGCCCCUUGACAACCGGCCGCUGCCACCCAGUCUGAAGGUGCAGAAGGAGGUGGAUACACAAUGUGGGCUCUGUACAUGCCAACCUGCUUGCAUGCAGCCACUGGCAACAAUUGGAAUCUUCACGGGUUUCUACAGCUUUGCCAAUAUGUUGGCUCAAACCCUCAAUUAUUACGUAAAUUCUCAGAUAACCACACUAGAAAGACAGUUUGGCUUCAGUUCAUACUACACAGGUAUCAUUAUGGCCGCCAACGACAUCGGUUUCCUGGUCUGUGUUCUGUUCGCAGCCCACCUCGCCACCAAAGUCCACGUCGCCAGGUCGCUAGGGGUUACAAUGAUCUUGUUUGGUAUCUCUGGUAUAUCCUGUUCCCUCCCCCACUUCCUGUUUGGAGCAUCCGUCAACAAAGAUCCAACAACAGACAACAGCAACAGCACAGAAUCCAACUUCAGCAAACAGCCGUUUGUAGGCAGCUUUUGUGACAUGUUCAACAUCAGCGGGGAUCCUUGUGGGAUCGAUGCAGCCCUGAACACAGCUGAGCAGAAAGCUGGGACAGCCUCAGAGAAAGUCUCCCAGAUCUCCUUCCUCAUCAUCGUGCUCGGGAUGUGUCUGCAGGGGUUCGGCAAAGCUCCCAAUACUUCAUACGCCCUGGUGUACGUGGAUGACAACACCAAGAAAGUAAACACAGGCUUCUACAUAGGUAUCAUCGCUGCGACUUCUGUACUGGGCCCAGUGUCGGCAUUUCUUUUGGGCGGCGUCUUCAGCCGGAUAUACGUCACACUGGAAGUCACUCAGUUAACGCCACGUCAUCCCAGGUGGAUCGGAGCCUGGUGGUUGGGUUUUGUCGUCUUUGGUCUCCUGGCUGUGAUUGCCGCCAUCCCGCUCUUCUGUUUCCCGCGGAAACUGCCCAGAAGCAAGGUUAAGGACGCUCGUGGGAACGAUACAACGUCAGCUGGAAAUGUUGAUCUCUCAAAACCUGUACUGUCACAUGAUUCAUUGAAACAACGCCAUGGAGACAAAAUCGCGAAUUGCCACACAGCACCCAGUUCUAAACGGUUAGGGUUCAGAUCGUUGAUAAAACAUUACAGAGAAUUCAUAGCGUCCCUGUGCAGACUGCUGGUCAACCCCAUCUACGUGUGCUGGGUUGUCUCCUCCUGUUUCUACAUUUUCAUGAUUGCCGGAAGUACUGCGUUUUAUCCCAAGUACCUAGAGAGGGUAUUUGACCUUGAGGUUCACACAGCCAACUACAUCACAGCUGCCACGUUCAUGUCUGCGUCAUUUGGAGGAGUUUUUGUUGGCGGCUUUUUGAGCAGACGAUACAAGAUGACAGCCAUGAGAUGUCUGCAGUUUAGCUGCCUCAUGACCGCUUUGUCCGUGAUGAUUUCAACUCAUGACCCUCAUCUUUCGGAGAACAGCUGCAACAGGGGAUGUAAUUGCAGAGACAACAGUUACUUCCCCAUCUGUGGAGACGACGGCAAGACCUACUACUCUCCUUGUCACGCCGGAUGUCUCCUGGCGGAGCAUGGGAUCUACCAAAACUGUUCCUGCGUCCUGAGUGGUCAGGCUGUGACAGGCGUCUGUGAGUUCGGAUGUUCCCAUCUGUAUGGUUACGUCAUAUCCGGGUGCCUACGAUUGUUGUCAAUGGCUCUCAAUUUUGUCCCCAAAACGAUCGUUUUUAUGAGAUGUGUCCCAGAACAAGACAGAUCCAUGUCUCUAUCAGUGAUGCCGUUUGUAAAUUCCCUUUUCG